CUCUAUCAAUAUCUUUAAGCACAGUUAAGCUACUGAACUUCUGCAAGAGGGAUAUUACAUUCUAGUUCUGUUAAACACAUUUACUUUACUUCGUGGAUAAAUUCUGGAAACUAAAAAUUAAAGAGAAAUCAGCUUUAAACGAGUAGCAUAUAAACAUUAGAUUUAGACCAGGUAUAAUAAAUAGAAAAGGAAAGUUAACGUGUUUAAGUUAUAUCGGAAAGGAAAGGAGUCUAUACGUAUGAAGAUUGUAUAGGAAGUUUAAAGUAUUUUAAACGUCUUUUUUUAAUUAAUAAACUUUAGUUUUCUUUUAGAACGUGUGUUUUCUUUCCUAUCAAUAAAAAUGGCAGCUCCGUCUAUCACACAGAAGGAUACGACAUUCACAAAAAUAUUUGUCGGUGGAUUACCAUACCACACUACAGACAAAUCACUACGAGAAUUUUUUGACAAAUUCGGAGACAUUGAAGAGGCAGUUGUGAUAACAGACAGACAGACAGGAAAGAGUCGCGGAUAUGGAUUUGUUACAAUGGCAAACAGAGAGGCAGCCGAGAGAGCAUGCAAAGAUCCGAACCCAAUUAUAGAUGGCAGAAAAGCAAAUGUAAAUUUAGCCUAUUUAGGGGCUAAACCUAGAGGUAUAUUAACAGCUCUACCACUUGCUAUUAAAACAGGAAUACCAGGCGUGCUCCCUGGACAAUUCGGCAUUCCACAGUAUGUGUAUCCAUCCGCGUACAUGACGGCAGCAACAGCACCUAGUAUGUUAACCACGGCCGCACUCCAGCAGUCACCACUCUCCCCGACCCCCGGGCAAUAUCUUGACUACACCGCUGCUUAUGGUUCACAACUCGCAACGGCAGCCGGGCUCGAAGCCGCAACAUAUCCAUAUGUUAACGUAUCAACUACCGGACUGGUAGCCGCAACGAAUCCCUACACGUAUGCCGUACCGCAGCAAAUAGCCGCCGCUUCCGGUGCAGCAUUUUACCAACCCCCACAGCUCCAAGAGAGGAUGCAAUGACAUCUACCCGGUUUUAGUGGCGUAGAUUUAGCACAGUCGCUUUUAUAUAAAGAAAACACAACGUUGAACUAAAAGUACAUUUUUUGAAAGUGCCCAUAGUUUAAAUUAUAGUUGGGGUAAAAGAAUCGAUUAUUUGGACACUAUAAAAAUGUUUAUAUUUCAGGCACGACUAUAAUAUUGUGAUAAAGAAUUAGAUGCAAACAUACCCCUAUGCAAUUUUUCUAGUUGAUAAUAUUAUUUAAAUUAUAUGAAUUAAUAAUUCUUUGUGAAAGUUACUGAAUUCAGUGUAACAAUCAGACGAAUAUAAUGUUGUAAAAUUUGUUUUAAUAAGUUAUAAGUUAUUUAUGAUGGUAACGAAUGUAGCCGAAGUAUUCGAAUACAUGUUGCAUUGUGUGAGUGGGAAGGAAAUGAAUGUAAAAAAAGAACUAUUUUUGUUUUAAUGCGAGGGGGGAAAUGCGUCUCAUUUUGAAUCGGUUUCUCAUGUACAUUUUACUUUUAUUGUUUUUUAUAUACAUGUAUAUGUUUAAAUACAGAUACGAAAAUACCUGUAUGAGAACACCAUUUUUAAAAUGAUCAUCAUACUUAUCUUGUCAUCAAAAACAUGAUCCGUCCAAGAAUGUUUACAUUAUAAUAUUUCCUUGCCCAAUCAUUUUAGUACAUUUUUUUAUCAUACUAUGGUUUAUUUUUUAUCCUUUUUAUUUGAUCUUUUGCAUCUCAGAGCCAAUACACAGGGCGUGUUUUGUCAGUAUGGCCGUUUUUUGUACUCUACAUGUAUUUUGAAAAACAAACAAGACGGUUUUUGCCGAGCGCAUGUGUUUUAUGUUGGUUGUGACCCGUUAUAGGGUGGGGUGGGUGGGGGUAAGGUUUUUUUUUAUUAUUGCAUGACCGAAUGAUGACGUUAAAGUAGUUCUUACAGCAGAAAUAAUUACAAAAAGUAGUUCCAAUCUGUACGGGGGAAUUUUUUUCACAAGUAGUUACGGCGGAAUGAUAUGAUAUGACCUGAUCAUAAUGUUAAAUGUGAGGCGUAUGAAUGAAUUGUGAAUGAGUUAUUCUUAAAGAAGAUAUUUAUAAAAAUUGUUGUGUAUAUAAUGUUAUAUAAAUAUUAAUGUAAUUUAUGUAAGUUAUUGAGUUAAUAAUUAUUUCAUGUAUUUAUAUUAUUUAAUUCCCAACGAAAUCAUGUUAACAGAUCUUGUCAUUUGUUUGCUACAUAUUUCUCUUGUAAAAAAGUGCUAGGUCAGAAUUGCUAUAUAGCCGAAAUGUAGUGCACUUCUUUUUUUAAAAUAACUGAUUAACCGAAAUUUCUUUUAACGAAAACAAAUCUUACUAAAAUACUAGUAUUAAAUUUUAAACCGUUUCAAUCAGUAUUUACCUUUGUCUGACCUAUAUUACAGGUCAUCUGGUGACCUUUGAUACGAAAAUAGGUCAGUAAAGGGCAUCGCCGGAUAGUAUUAUUUUAGGCAUCUAACACCUUGUAUUUUGUAUAGCUCUAGAUUUAUUUAUACAUUCUUUAGUUUCAUUGCACCUUCAUUAUAGUAGUUGUCAUUUUUCAAGUGUUAUCGGCUAAAGACAACUUAACAACAACAACAACAACAACAACAAAAACAACAAUAAAAUUAACGCCAGCUCCUUCAGAAAAAAAAAGUUUCAUAAUUGUAACAAAAAAAGUCUAAUAACGAUUUUUAAAUGAAUUUUAAUAAAGGAAUUUUGGUGCCCUCUUUAUAUGACUCAAGGCGUUAAACAUUUUUUACCAGCUUGCAAACAAAAGUAGGGAGAAAAGGGGGAUAUCGGGUUCUCGUUUAUGUCAAAUUUUUAGAAGAAAAAAAAGUGUUGUCUUUAGCCAUAACUGAUCGAAUCUCACGUUCGUCUUAAUUUAUAUAUGUAGGCAAAGGUAUGGUGUAAGGGUAUAAACUAUUACGUCACAUAACUUCAAAGAAAUUUAGUUUUAAUCACACCAUGUAUAUCAGUGGGUUUGUUUAACUCGUAAAACGAGUUCUCCAUUUUAUUUUUUAAUUCUUUAGAGUCGUCACGUGAUAUAUUGUAGUCAUGUGACCGGAAAUGAGUUAGUCAUUUUUUUCAUUUUUUGAUUUCAUCCGCCAUUGUUACCUUAAAGGAUUCAUCGCAUUCAGAAAUAAGGUGUUGUUUUUUUACAGAUGAAAAAAUAAUUAACAACAGUUUACAAAUAUAUUUUUAAAGUAGUGCGCUAUACCGGUAUGGAACAUUGGUGUAAUAAUCUCCUUGUCAACCGUUGACCGUUACAUUUUAUUUUAUUUUUUUGCCAAUAGAAGAUCAAUAUUCAAUUAUUGUUGUUACAAACGUCAUGUAUAUUUAUUUAAAACAAACUGAUUAAUAAUUCAAUGAACGGAAAACUGUAAGAAUUGUUGUAUAUUUAAUCAGAUUUUAAACAAACACAGCAAACCUUUAGUUGUGUCAUUUAUUUUUUUAAAUCAAUUUAGUUCAAUGCAAAUCAAAUGGCAAGCUAUUAUCAUAAAGUGUAUUUCUAUUUGCAACCGAUUCCAAAAGGUUUACAUUUACUUAAACAAACGUUCAAGAACACUUCCGGUGGUUGAAAUCUGUCUAAAAACCAUUUACUUCGAUUUUUGAAAAGUCAACAAUUCAACUUUAAACAAAUAAUAUUUUCUUUGUUACAAGUUACAAUUGAAAUUGUAUACAUGUACCUUUUAGCAAAAACGUAAAACAAAUCUUCAAGUUUCGGUUAUUUCCGUUAAUCGAUCGUCAUAUGCCGAAAAUAUUACAUGACGUAAUCAUUUAUAUCUAACGAAUCUUAUAUUUUUGUUAAUCAAGGUUUGCAUAUGUUUAUUUGUAUGAAAAUACAUUAAAGUGUAACGUUCAAUUCUAGCAUGGCAAUUAUUUCAACCAGUAAUUAAUUACUUAUCUGACAUGUUUUUCUAAGUGAAGAAUUAUGACACCUAAUUUUUUUGGAUAAAAUGUAAAUGCUUGGUAUUGUAAUGACGUCAUAUUCGUUGUCACACCAUUUAAAACGUCAUAAAACGCACGUGAACGAAAAAAUAUGAUGUCAUAGAAAUGCACGUGAGCAAAAACUGUCCAUAUAAUGGCCAUUUUUGUGAUCGUUAAGGAUUUCAUGAUUUUGUUGGAACAUUCUCAAUUGCUCAACUGUUUUGAAUUAGUAUUUUUUUAUGUUUGAUACAUUGUUGAAAAGCAUUGUAUGCGUGGAUUAAUUGGUCGAUAUUUCAUAAAAGAUAAUAAAUUGUUUUAUUUUUGUUAAAAGAGGUCUGAAUAUGGUUUAUUACAACAGUUUAUUGAUUCUAGAUUAUAAAAAACUGGUAACAAGUUGUAAGGGGGAGAAUAGCAUGAAUCUGUAGGAAAAUAUGGACACAUAAAAAUGACUUUGUUGUUAAAAAUGUAUAUAGAAAAAUUAUCAUUAUAUCAUUGUGUAGUAUACGUUACAUGUAUUACGUAGUUUAUAUGUACGUUACGUAAAUUAUGUUAAUUAAAUGUUUAUUAUUAUGAUACGAACAACUCAGAUGUAUAUAUUUAAAUAUUAGUAACAUUAAUUAUCAUUACUCUACUGUUCCAUGAAAAAAAAUCAAAAUGCCAUGCUCAUAUUAGCGGUCUAUAUCGAUACUAUAUUAGAGAACCAUAGCUGUGCCUCUAUUCCUGUUUUCUAUUUAUAAAAGAAAAUAAAAGUUAACUAGUCAUUAUAAAGCUAGAAGAACACAAAUUUGAAGCACAUCACGUGAACAAGACAUGUCAAGAUGGAAUAGCCAAUCAGAUAAAUGCUUUGUUAAAGAAUCGGAACUCAUGUUCAGUGACAUGUAUGCUUGCAAGUUCUCUUUUGUAAUAAGACCAUUGUUCACAAGAAAACAAUCAAUUUUGCUUGCAUUCGUUAACUUCUAGAUAAGAAAUUAUUUGACAAAUCAAAAUAUAUAGAAACCAAAUCCAUUUUAUUCAAAAGACUUUAGCUUUCGUUAGUGUUCGUCACUUUCCGUGUUUUUCCACCCUUAUCCAUUCUUUCGUUCUUUAACAAACUUUUGGGAUAACAUUUGUGACUUCCGUUAUACGGAUACUAUAAACGUUAUCCUAGCUAAAUAUUUUGACUGGUAGAACUUCUUUUUCUCUACGACUCUUUCUAUACCUAUAUUUAUCAUACCUGUUCAACGGAAUAUGCCGAACAUAUACGAUAAUAUGUUACGUCAUCAAUAUGUUACGUCAUCAAUAUUUUCAUGCGAUUCUUCGGAAUCAUAUAUUAUGCAUAAUCAGCAGUUUAAGAUCAUUGUUUACCCAUGUUAAAUCAUGAACAAGAAUAAAUCUAAAUCUUAACUA